UUCGCAUUUUCACUGAACCCUUCAUCUGCUCUGCUAAAACCCCCCCCUUGUCCCCUUCAUUUCUCUGCUGAAAAACCCUAAUUACUCAGACGCCGCCAUGUUUAUGCUCCGUCGUCUCCGCCGCCACUACUCGACGGUCCUCUCAUCGACGCCACUCACCUCGAAGGAGAAAACAAGGAGCGCACUCAACCUCCUCAAGACGGAGACCAACCCCGAACGCAUCCUCGAAAUCUGCCGCGCCGCAUCCCUCACUCCGGCCUCCCACCUCGACCGCAUCGUCUUCUCCCUCGCCGUAUCCAAGCUCUCCGGCGCAAACCACUUCGACGGAAUCCGCCAAUACCUGGAGGAACUCAAAACCCGACCCGACCUCCGCAACGAGCGGUUCCUCUCGCACGCCAUCGUCCUCUACGGCCAAGCCAACAUGCUCGACCACGCGCUCCGCACCUUCACGCACAUGGAGGAUGAACUCAACGUCCCUCGCUCCGUCAAAUCCCUCAACGCCUUACUCUUCGCUUCCCUCCUCGCCAAGAACUACAAAGAGGUAACACGAAUCUACCUUGAAUUCCCUAAGAUUUACGCGAUUCAGCCCAAUGUUGAUACAUAUAACCUAGUGAUUAAGGCGUUUGCUGAGUCUGGUUCGUCUAGCUCUGUGUAUUCAGUUUUGGCUGAGAUGGAUAGGAAUAAUGUUAAACCCAAUGCCACAACUCUUUGCAAUUCCCUUGAGGGUUUUUAUAGGGAGGAGAAGUUUGACGAAGUGGGGAAGUUGUUGAAAUUGAUGGAGGAGAAUUAUAGGUUGUAUCCUGGUCUUAGUACAUAUAAUGUUAGGAUUCAUAGCUUGUGUAAGUUGAAGAGGUCUUCUGAGGCAAAGGCUUUGUCUGAGGGGAUGAUUUGCAGAGGGAUAAAGCCGAAUUUGGUUAGCUAUUCUCAUUUGAUUCAUGGGUUCUGUAGAGAAGGAAACCUUGAAGAGGCCAAGAGGUUGUUUAGGGAUAUGAAGAAAAGAGGUUACUUACCUAAUGCUGAUGUUUAUUUUACCCUGGUUCACUUCCUUUGCCAAGGUGGGGAUUUUGAGUAUGCUUUGGAGAUUUGUAAAGAAAGUAUGGCCAAAGGAUGGGUUCCUAAUUUCACAACAAUGAAAAAGCUUGUGGAUGGGCUUGUUGGUGCCUCCAAGAUUGAUGAUGCUAAAGAGCUUAUUAAGCAAAUCAAGGAAAAGUUUGCUGCAAACAGCGAAAAAUGGGAUGAAAUUGAAGCUGGAUUGCCUCAGGAAUGAAGAGUGUCGUGUGCUUGUACAAUUCUUUGGUCAAUGAGAGGGGAACCUGAAAAAUUAAAUUAUGUCAGGAAUAGGGAGCUUAGAAAUGGCUUUCUUUUGUUUUGCCAUUUCCUCUUGCACUAGGCCUUUUGCUCAAAUCCCCCUGACACUAGGCAUUGUCAUUUUCCUCUAAUGAAACGUUAGAUGGUGAUCUGGCAAGUUUGUUUAAUAUGUUCACCAUUGUUGGGCAUGCUUAGUUUUCCAUGUUUGGGUAAUAAAAGAGUUAGAAAUUGUU